AUGGCGAAAAUCAAAAAGAAGGGUAGGCCGAGUCCAUUCCAUGACAUGUCCGCACCUAGCUGAUCUCUGCACACAGGAAAGUCUGGUAACGCCAAGAACUACAUCACUCGAGGCCAGGCAGUCCGCAAACUCCAGAUCUCUCUGCCCGACUUCAGACGGCUAUGCAUUUUCAAAGGUCAGUCGCGCUACUGUCUAAGCUCUUCAUUGAUUCAAUCUGAUCAUCGCCGCAGGCAUCUAUCCCCGCGAACCUCGAUCGAAGAAACGAGCGAACAAAUCGGCUACACCAAGUACCACUUUCUACUACACCAAAGACAUCCAAUACCUCCUUCAUGAACCGCUGCUCAACAAGUUCCGGGAUCAGAAAGCGCUUGCGAAGAAGAUCAGCAAAGCAUUAGGUCGCAAUGAGGUUAGCGAUGCCUCGCGCCUUGAGCGCAAUCUGGCGCCGCGGAUGAGACUUGACCACAUCAUAAAAGAGCGAUACCCGACUUUUGUGGAUGCGCUACGUGAUCUCGACGAUGCGCUCUCAAUGCUGUUCCUCUUCGCCAACCUGCCCAGCACCGAGAAUGUCCCACCGAAGAUCAUUGCCAAAUGUCAGCGCCUGACCAUGGAAUUCGAGCAUUACUUAAUCCGCACACACUCCCUCAGAAGAUCUUUUCUUUCAAUAAAAGGGAUCUACUACCAGGCGACCAUUCAGGGACAAGAUAUUCUGUGGCUGGUGCCAUAUAAAUUUGUGCAGCGGACAGCAGGAGACGUGGAUUAUCGGAUCAUGGCCACUUUUGUCGAAUUCUACACGACGCUUGUAGGUUUCGUAAACUACAGGCUUUACACGAGUAUUGGCCUGGUCUAUCCCCCGAAAUUCGACGUUGAGAGCGAGGAGUCAGGAGCGGAACUAGGUGCUUUCCAAUUGGAAGGCAAAGAAGGCACUGCUGCAGAGGACAUCGAGCAACUACCAGACACGGAAACAAAUGAGAAGGCACAGGCAGAGGCAGACAAACUGCUUACACUUACUACAGAGGACGAAUCCUCAACCGAGACAAAAGCGGGGGAUACAGCGGAUGGCGAGGACGCAGACCAACAACCGCCGUCUACCACACUCGACCAGUUCGCAUCCAUCGAUCCUUCAGCAGAUACUCUAGACCAACCCUCCAUCACAGCCGAUGCUGCGACUGCGGCCAAACUAUUCGAGCCCUUCACAUUCUACCUCUCACGGGAAACGCCGCGACAUCCUCUCGAGUUCAUACUGAAGUCAUUCGGCUGCAAAAGAGUUGGCUGGGACAGCUUACUAGGCGAGGCGGGGUCUUUCUGCUCAGAAGACGAUCCACGCAUAACUCACCAAGUUGUGGAUCGGCCUGAUCUACCUCUUCCUUCGCCGCCGUUGAGCGACGGCGAAGACGCCGGAUUGGAUGAUGGCUUCGACGAUGGCGGUCCUGUUGCUAAGAAGGCCAACGAGCGCGUGCCAGGCCGGAUAUACGUCCAGCCACAAUGGGUGUGGGAUUCUAUCAAUGCUGGCCAACUUCAACGACCGGAUUUGUACGCGCCGGGAGCAACACUGCCACCUCAUCUCAGUCCAUGGAUCAAGCCCAAGAAGGGAGAAUACGACCCGACAGUGCCACUUGCCGAGCAACAAACUGAAGCAGAGGCAGAAGCAUCAGAUGACGAAGAAGAAGAGAACCUUGAAGCGGAGGAGUACAGCGAAGGAGACGAGACCGAAGUGGUGAGAGGAGACGACGAGCCCAGGGAGCUAGGAAACGAUCCUCACCGUGAUGAUGUCGCGCAGGGCGAAGGCAUGGAUGUUGAACUAGCUGACUCGGAUGAGGAAGAAGACGAGGACGAUGCGGCACGGGGCGCUGCGCCAGAGGACGAAUGGGGAGGGCUCACAGAUGAUGAGGCUGAAGGGCACGAGGACGGCGAGGGCCGCACUCACCAACAGGAGCUGGAAGCAGAAGCGAUGGGCCGGUCCGUGCAACCCAAGGAUCGCAAGGAGUCCAAAAAGACCAUCAAGGCCGCGGCUCAGGCCAAGCGCUCCCAAGCUGAGAGGGAGGCCGCCGAGGACUUGGAGCGGCGGAAGAUGAUGGCGCCACGCCGAAAGCGGCAACUGUACGAGAAGAUGGUCUACUCGAACGCGCAGACGGAUGCAAAGUCGGAAAAGUUACGGGCGAAGAGAAGAAAAAUCGAGAAAGGGCAAAAUAAGGCGUAG